AUGUCGUCGUCCAUGGCCGCGGCCGUGUCGUCGCUCCGCUCCCUCCCACUCCACACACUCGUGCCGCUCGUGGCCUCGGCGCUCGCCUUCGUAGUCACCGUCUUCCGGCGCGUUCUUCGGCGGCAGCGGCCGGUGUACCUGCUCAACUACAGCUGCCACCUUCCGGACGCGGACCGGCAGUGCAACCUGGAGGUGUGCGAGUACUUCGGCCUCCGCUCCAAGCGCUACACCGACGAGACCGCCGACUUCAUGCGGCUCAUCUUCCGCAAGUCCGGGCUCGGGCAGGAGACCUUCGCGCCGCCCUUCAUCUUCUCCGGCAAGUUCGAGAAGACGCUGGCGUUCGCCAUCCAGGAGGCCGAGGAAGGCCUCUUCACCGUGGUGUCCCAGCUGCUGGCCAAGUCCGACGUCUCCCCGCGCGACGUCAGCGUCCUCAUCGUCGCCUGCUCCAUGUUCUCCCCCCAGCCGUCGCUGGCGUCCAUGAUCGUGCGCCGCUUCAAGAUGAAGGACGACGUCAAGGUCUACAGCUUCGCCGGGAUGGGGUGCAGCGCCGGCACGGUGGGCAUCGACAUGGCGGCGCGGCUGCUGCGCGUGCAGUGCCGCCCGGGGUACGCGCUGGUGGUGGUGACGGAGAACACCAGCCUCAACUGGUACUUCGGCAACAACAAGCACAUGCUGGUGACCAACUGCAUCUUCCGCGUGGGCAGCGCGGCGGCGCUCAUCACCGACGUGCCCGCGCGCCGGGCCGACGCCAAGUACGAGCUGCUGCGCACGCUGCGGACGCACCAUGGCGCCGACGACGCGGCGUACAACGCCGCCGUGCAGAUGGAGGACGAGGACGGCGGCGUGGGCGUGGCGCUCACCAAGGACCUGGUGCGCGUCGCCGGCGCCGGCCUUCGCAGCCACAUCGCCACCCUCGCGCCCUACGUGCUCCCUGUCUCCGAGCUGCUCAGGUACGUGUACCGGGUGGCGUGGGCGUACAGCGGCGGCAACCCCAAGGCGGCGGCGGCGCUGGUGCCGGACUUCCAGCGCGCGUUCGAGCACAUGUGCAUCCACUCCGGCGGCAAGGCGGUGAUCGACACGGUGGCGAAGCUGUUGGGGUUCGCGCCGGCGGUGGUGGAGCCCGCGCGCGCGACGCUGCACCGCUUCGGCAACACCUCCAGCAGCCUCGUCUUCUACGAGCUGGCCUACUUCGAGGCCAAGCGCCGCGUCCGCGCCGGCGACCGCCUCUGGAUGCUCGCCUUCGGCACCGGCUUCAAGGCCUGCAGCGUCGUCUGGCGCGCGCUCCGCGACUCCGGCCCCGACGCCGACAACCCCUGGAACGGCUGCGCGCACCGCUACCCCGCGGCAUUGCCGGUGCCCACCCCGCGCAGGCAGAACUACCAACCCCAGCCCGAGCAGCACCAGCAGCAGCAGCAGCAGCAAGAGGAGCAGAAGAAGCUGUGA